AUGGCCGGGGCCAGGACGAGAGAGGCCUUCACAAGCUCCGUGCGGACGCGGACUCUCCCGAGCAUUUUCGACACGGUGUUGGUAGAACCUGCAGGCGGGGCUGGGUGGACCCACAGACCCGGAGGCCAACUGGACACCCUGGUGUCCCCAGGAUCGUACUGCGUGCAGCUGACCACAGAGGUGCCUGGUGACCAGCCCGCUGUCGCCUGUGGGAACUGGAAGGUGAAGACCCAAAUGCACAGCUGGGCCCCACACCGCAGGACGGACAGCAGCGUGCCGGUCAUCUGCGACUAUGGCUCGGGCUGCAGCAAGGCGGGCUUCGCUGGAUCCGAGGCCCCCCAUGCCGUCUUCCCCACCGUCCUGGGGAAGCUCCGGCAUGAUAGCGUGUUGGUGGGAAUGGAGGAGGAGGACUGGUUCAUCGGAGAGGAGGCCCAGAACAAUCGAGGGAUGCUCAACUUGCAGUACCCCAUCUCCCGGGGAACCGUCACCAGCUGGGACAACCUGGAGAAGAUCUGGCAUCACUCCUUCUACCAUGUGCUGCAUGUCGCCCCUGAGCAGCAUCCUCUGAUGGUGACAGAGCCACCUUUAAGCAAGAUAUCCACCAAAGAGAAAGUGUCCCAGAUCCUGUUCGAGACCUUCGGCGUCCCCGCCCUGUACAUCGCCAACUCGGGUGUCCUGUCUCUGUACUCCUCCGGCCAGACCUCGGGAACAACCAUCGAAUCUGGAGAAGGAAUGACGUACUUUGUGCCCAUUAUUGAUGGCUGUCCUUUGCUUCAGUCAACCGUCCAGAUGGACAUAGCCGGCCAAGACCUGACCUCGUACCUCCUGCAACUGUUGGCAGACAGUAGGAACUUACUGGUGAGCACAGCGGACCGAGAGUUCGUCAGGGACAUGAAAGAGAAGUGCUGCUAUGUGGCCCUGGACUUUGACUUGGAGAAGUCGAAAGACAGCCUCCUUCCCUGCCAAGACAGAUUCCUGCUGCCCGACGGCCAGGAGAUCACGCUGAGGCAGGAGCAUUUCCUGUGCCCUGAGGUGCUCUUCCAGCCCAACCUCAUAGGGAGGAACAGCCUGGGCAUGCCCAUGACCGUCUUCCGCUGCAUCUCCUCCUGUAACCCCCGCCACUGGAAGGCCCUCUUCAGCCACAUAAUCCUGUCUGGAGGGACGGGCUCCUGCACUGGCCUGCGGUCCCGACUGCAGAGAGAAAUAGACAAACUGGUUUGCCCCGCCUUCAACACCCAGGUGUACACCUCUCCAUACGCCAAGUACGGUGCCUGGGUGGGUGGCUCCAUCCUGUGUUCACUCUCCACGUUCAAGGACAUGUGGGUGACCAACAAAGAGUACAAGGACAUGGGAUCCUCCGCCGUCAGCAGAAGAAGCCUUUGA